AUGGCGAAGGCGAAGGGGAUUCUGGUGAUGGCGGUGACGCAGUGCCUCAGGGGGGGCGUGAGCCUCGGCGCCUACGCGGUCGGGGUUGCGCUCGAAGCGAACGGUGUUGUCUCUGGCGGGGACAUGACCACCGAAGCGGUCGUUACCAAGCUGGGGUACCUAUUCGGGCUCACCAACGACGUGCAGGCGAUCAGGCGGAUGAUGACGCUGAAUCUCCGUGGGGAGCUGUCGCCCUCGAGCAGCUUUCGGCACCCGCUGAUCGGAGAUGACGAGGAUAAGGUCGAAGCCCGACACGGGUCUUUGGAGAGCCCGAACGGCUUGAAUUAUUCUUUUGGACCAUCGUCGAAGUUGUAGCACGUAGCUUGCACCCAGCGCUAGGUGCAUCUGGAUGUUCGAAAGUGCGCGAUCUUUUUUUGUUAUUUUCGAAGUGCCGAUUUUUUCUGCGUUCGUUUGCGGUGUCCGGCCGGAGCAUGAUGCGUAGGUAGCUGUAGGCCCGUCUGAUACGUCAAGCACACAUCGAAAGGUAUUUAGACUGCCGCCGGAUUAGGUGGGGCGGACCCGUACGCGGGGUUGGGGUAUCGGUGGGGGAAACGGUCGGCGCAAAAACUCGUCGCAUUGCUCCUCCCUUGGUUUGAGCCGAAAGGUUUUCUGAACUUUUGCACUCACGUUCCCGGCUUCUCAUUGUACCUCGGUUGCAAUACGAAUGUGAUGUUGUACCCUUAUUAUUUUUCCUUACAUAAAGUAGGUUAAUUCACGGUCGGCGUGUUCCUUAACGCGUACUGUUAUGUGUUUCCCAAUGACGUUAUUAUGCGCGCUGUUGUGUAUACAUCUCGUUGUUCCUUUUAGUUGCACAAAUAAGAGGGAGACGGUGUUCUCCAACGCAUGUAAUGACUUGUGUUUCGCUCGGGUUGCACAAAGAGGAGAUACGUCCUUUUUUGUUUCUAUCCGUGGUGGGGGUGGCGAGCAGAACCUUUGCAUAGCACGUUUGUUUUUUCUUUCUGUUCUGGCCCUUGCGUCCGCUCGAUGGAUGAUUGUUGUGCGUGGUUCUAGUGCAGAAGAAGCGGGUGUUGCGUAAUUGUGUGGUCGAGACCUGCUUCGAUCUUGACUACGUCUCUUGGGAAUAAUUUUGAGCAUCUAACGCGCUGCCGGUUGCAAAGACGGAAGGCAAAUGGGCGGCGGCGCAACUUGCCUUCCAUCGUGAGCCAGCCAUAGCCGGGUGCGCGUUGGUUGUAUCAUGUGUGUUUGUCUACGGUCUUUUGUUAGGAAAACUUGGAGUCGCAUCCAUCCGUGUCCUGGCUGUGGAGUGCAAGAAACAGUCCGCACAAUCGAUCAAUCGUGUU